GAUCAGUCUUCUCCUGACAUGAAUUCCAUCAUGCCCCUUGACAAUACAACAUUAAUUCGUCCCCCUGGAUUUUACAUCAGUGGAUUGUCCAACAUGCCACAUGCAAACUAUUACUAUAUGUUUUUGUGUUUUGUGUACGCUGUGACUGUUUUAGGGAAUUCUUUUAUAAUAACAACUAUAUAUCUGGCACGCACUCUGCAUACAGCAAAGUAUGUAGCUGUUUUUAAUCUGGCCUUGUCUGAUCUGUGUGGAAGCUCUGCUCUCAUUCCAAAGUAUGCAGAAAUGUUUUUGGUUCAGAACCAGUACAUAUCUUAUGAAGACUGUCUAGCCAACAUGUUUUUCGUUUUUCUUUUCAUGACCAUGCAGUCAUACACUCUGCUUGCUUUGGCCUUUGACAGAGUAAUUGCUAUAUGUUUUCCUCUGAGGUAUCAUGCUAUUGUCACUAAAACCACAAUGACUCUGAUCAUUGGAGUAAUGUGGCUGUUGUCUGUAUCCCUUGUUACCAUGCUUGUAGCUCCACUUAACAGACUGUCUUUCUGUAGAUCAACCACAAUAGCCAGUUACUUUUGUGAUAAUGGUCCUACCUACAGACUAGCUUGCAAUGACAAUUCUCUUAGUUUCAAAAUGGCUUAUGUUUACAUUGCUUUUGUUAUUUGCCUUCCAUUGCUGUUAGUUACUUUCUCAUAUGUAUGUAUUGGUGUUGCACUGCUUAAGAUCUCACAUGGUGCUGAGAGGAUCAAAGCUUUAAAGACCUGCACUUCCCACCUCAUUUUAGUGGCCAUGUUUUAUCUCCCAAUAUUUAGUGUUUACAUGACUGCUCUUACAACAUACAUUCAUCCAAAUACUAGAAUAAUCAACUCUGUCCUAACACAAGCAAUUCCACCCAUGUUAAACCCCAUUAUAUAUUCUUUGAAGACAGAGGAGGUAUUGCAGUCUAUUAAAAUACUCUAUAAACGGAUCAAGGUGAAUGUUGUUAUGGAACAGUCUGUGAAAAGCAUUGCAAAAAAUUGA